AUGAGUUCAUUCAAUAAUCCAUUUUCACAGUCGCAGAACAAUCGCACGAUAGGGGAGUUGGAAGAAAACCAUGUGCGAGAUGGGGGCCGACGUAAAUACUCUAUUUCAGAGGCAUUAGGCAAUUCGGUGAAUAGUCAAGGUGGGACGUUUGAGUUUGGGGGACGAAGUUAUGUUGGAGGAAAUACGGGUGUGACAAAUCGAGCUAGCAUGAAUACGAUGUUUUCACCAGCAGUACAUUCGGGGUUGCUGAUCCAUGAACAGACGGCUAAUUUGGCUAGUAUUGGGGUCACAGAUGAUGCUGGUGCCUCGAAAAGCAGUAUUAAGAAUUCAUACGCUGGUAACCAGGUCAGCGAAGAGAUAAGCUCAGAGACCGACGGAGAUUACAUGAGUUCAUCUCCACCAAUUCCAAUAUUGGGAUCGAUUCCAGGAGCCACCAGACAGUUUCUGGGAAGAAUAUAUAGUGAGCCAGAGGCCGCAACGGACGUCGAACCGUUGUUGAUCAAUACGUCGAAGAAAUUAUACACCGAUGAGUAUUCGACAAGUUCCAACAAUGUGGAACCCAAUGAGUUGGAAAUAGGCGAGUUGGGUUAUAAGCCCAUUGGGGAACAGAAAUUGACUCAGGAACCAAGUAAGAUUCAUAGAUUGCUCGUCCAACCACUCAACUACAUUCCUGCGGUGUUUCUCGGUACGCUUUUAAAUAUAUUGGACGGUUUAUCUUAUGGUAUGAUCAUGUUUCCCAUAAGUGAGUCGAUAUUCUCGUCAUUGGCCCCGGCAGGGUUGUCCAUGUUCUAUGUUUCAUGCAUUGUGUCUCAGUUGGUAUUUUCUUUGGGUGGCUCUGCGUUUAGAGCAGGUAUUGGGUCAGAAAUGAUCGAAGUUACACCAUUUUUCCACGUUAUGGCAUUGUCUAUCUUAGAAGAGAUUGGUUCGCCAGAUGUAAAUAAAGAUGCCAUCAUAUCUACAACUAUAGUGACUUAUGCAAUCCUGUCCAUUCUUACAGGAUUAGUCUUCUUCUUAUUAGGUAAAUUGAAAUUGGGUUCUCUAGUGGGAUUCUUUCCCAGGCAUAUUCUAGUGGGUUGUAUUGGUGGGGUUGGUUACUUCUUAGUUGUUACUGGUAUUGAAGUCUCGUCUAGGUUGGAAGGUGGCAUUUACUACAACGCGCCUACAUUCUUCUACUUGUUCAACGACUAUAUUACUCUAUUGGAAUGGGUUGUUCCUUUGGUUUUAGCUUUGAUUCUAGUUGUUAUCCAAACUAGGUUCCAUAAUAGUUUGUUGGUCCCAUUAUUCUUUAUUGGAGUCUUCAUUAUAUUUCAUCUUGUGGUGUUCUUUAUUCCUGGAUGGAGUUUAGAGUCUGCUAGAGAAUAUGGUUGGAUUUUCCCCGAGGUUGAGGCAAAUGAACCUUGGUACAGCUUCUAUGAUCUAUACAAGUUCAGAUUAGUAGAUUGGUGGUGUAUAGUCAAGCAACUCCCUACGAUGUUAGCAUUAACAUUCUUCGGAAUAUUGCAUAUUCCAAUCAACGUUCCAGCAUUAGCUGCUACUGUAAAAAUGGACCAGAUUGACGUUGACCGAGAAUUGGUUGCCCACGGAUACUCAAAUGUGUUAUCUGGGUUAUUGGGAUCAAUUCAAAACUAUUUGGUUUACACCAAUUCCGUUUUAUUUAUAAGAGCAGGUGCAGACGCCAGAUUAGCGGGUAUUUUACUUGCGAUUGCUACUGGUGCAGUUAUGGUUGUGGGUCCUGUGUUAAUUGGAUAUAUUCCUGUUUGUGUUGUUGGUGCUUUGAUCUAUUUAUUGGGUUAUGAAUUAUUAAAGGAAGCAUUAUAUGACACAUGGGGUAAGUUGAGGAGACUCGAAUAUUCCACCAUAUUUAUUAUUGUUGUUGUAAUGGGUGCAUGGGAUUUUGUAUACGGUGUUCUUGUGGGAAUUUUAUUAGCUUGUUUAUUAUUUGUCAUCGAGGCAGCAAGAAGACCUGUGGUCAAAGGAAUAUAUACUGGUGUAGUAGCCAGAUCUACUGUCCUUAGGCACCCCAAACAACAAGAGUUCUUAAAAGAUGUUGGAGAUCAAAUUUGUGUUCUCAAAUUGCAGGGGACUGUAUUUUUUGGAUCUAUUGGGGGAGUUGAGGAUGUGAUUCGGUUAAGACUUGAAAACGACAAAUUCAAGGUAAAUCCAAUCAAGUUCCUCGUAUUAGAUAUGAAAGGGGUUGCAUCUGUUGACUUCUCUGCCGCUGAAGGGUUCAGAAGGAUGUUAAACUUGUCGAAUGAAUUUGGUGUUCAAUUGAUUAUUUCAUCUGUGACAGAUGAGGAUAAUAUAGUCAAGGCCUUGAGAGAUGCUGGAUUGUGGGAUACUGAUAAUGAUCUUGAUAUUCAGCUUUUCAGCACCUUGAAUUAUGCAUUGGAAUGGUGUGAAAAUUGCUUUUUGUCCACAUACAAAUUGAUUAGGAAGAAACAAAAGGUCACACCAAUGAUCCAAGCAAUUGGCACGCAUUUUAAUUCAAUUGCGUCCAUGGGAUCACCGGAUGCAGAUAAGGUAUUACCGAAUCACUCAAUGGAUAUCAAGUAUGCUACUCCUCGUACCACCCAGGUAUAUAAGGCAGCAGAAAGAACCGUAAACUACGAACAAGGUAUUCAUAAUCGCUUAUAUGCUGCCAAUGAUUCAUUAAGGAAGAAACCGUUGCCAUUAAUUAUGAUCACAUUUUCUGGGUUGUCAGACAAGAACGAAAAAUUUUGGUCGAAAUUGACGCCCUAUUUCAUCAAAGAGCAGAUCCCCGAAGAUUACACCUUUUACGAUACGUCCAAAGACCGUCCUGCAUUUUUUAUUGUGGAAUCUGGAUUAAUAAGGUCUGUUUGUAAGUUUGAAACCGAUGGCCGUGAAUUACGUUCCAGUAUUUUACCAAUGACUGCAUUUGGUGAUUUAUACGACAAAGGUUCCAAUUACAGAGAUAUGGUUUACACUACAGUCAAUGAUACGUUAACCUGGAAACUUUCUGAGGCCAAACUAAACGAGUUUUUGAAGACCCCGGAUGGGUACACAGUAUACAACGAAUUAUUAAAGAUUCAGGCGAAAUUAAUCAGAGAAAGGUUUGAUACUAUGACAGCAAAUCUUGUCAUCUCAGCAUAA